AUGAAGAUGUUGCUUACAGCUGGUUCUCCAGGCUCGGGUCAGCAAAUCCUGGGUGAAAUUGAUUCUGAAGUGGUUCACGGCAGUGGCUUGUUAGACAUGGUGUUUAUAGAGCUCGAUCAGAACAAGGUUGUUACCAACAACCGGGACAGCUCCAGCCGCAACUAUAAUAACUACAGCAGCUCCAGUCCCAAACACAGCAACUACAGCUCCAACCACGACUACAGCCCCAACUACUUUCCCAACCACACCAACUACAGUCCCAACCACAACAACUACAGCCCCAACUACAGUCUCAACCACAGCAACUACUGCUCCAAUCACAACAAUAGCCCCAACUACUUUCCCAACCACACCAACUACAGUUCUAACUACUUUCCCAACGACAACAACUACAGUCCCAACCACACCAACUACAGCUCCAACUACAGUCCCAACCACACCAACUACUUUCCCAACAACACCAACCACAGUCCAAACUACUUUCCCAACCACAGCAGCUACAGCUCCAACCACACAACUACAGCUCCAACCACUGCAACUACAGCUCCAACCACAGCAACUACAGCUCCAACCACAGCAAGUACAGCCCCAACUACAGCAACUACAGCUCCGACCACAGCAACUACAGCUCCAACCACUGCAACUACAGCUCCAACCACAGCAACUACAGCUCCAACCACAGCAAGUACAGCCCCAACCACAGCAACUACAGCUCCGACCACAGCAACUACAGCUCCGACCACAGCAACUACAGCUCCGACCACUGCAACUACAGCUCCAACCACAGCAACUACAGCUCCAACCACAGCAACUACAGCCCCGACCACAGCAACUACAGCUCCGACCACAGCAAGUACAGCUCCAACCACAGCAACUACAGCUCCAACCACAGCAACUACAGCUCCAACAACAGCAACUACAGCUCCAACUACAGCAACUACAGCUCCAACAACAGCAACUACAGCUCCAACCACUGCAACUACAGCUCCGACCACAGCAACUACAGCUCCGAUCACAGCAACUACAGCUCCGACCACAGCAACUACAGCUCCAUCCACAGCAAGUACAGCCCCAACCACAGAAACUACAGCUCCGACCACAGCAACUACAGCUCCGACCACUGCAACUACAGCUCUAACCACAGCAACUACAGCUCCAACCACAGCAACUACAGCUCCAACAACAGCAACUACAGCUCCAACUACAGCAACUACAGCUCCAACAACAGCAACUACAGCUCCAACCACUGCAACUACAGCUCCAACCACAGCAACUACAGCUCCGACCACAGCAACUACAGCUCCGACCACAGCAACUACAGCUCCAACCACUGCAACUACAGCUCCGACCACAGCAACUACAGCUCCGAUCACAGCAACUACAGCUCCGAUCACAGCAACUACAGCUCCGACCACAGCAACUACAGCUCCAUCCACAGCAAGUACAGCCCCAACCACAGCAACUACAGCUCCGACCACAGCAACUACAGCUCCAAUCACAGCAACUACAGCUCCGACCACAGCAACUACAGCUCCGACCACAGCAACUACAGCUCCGACCACAGCAACAGCUCCAACUACAGCAACUACAGCUCAAACAACAGCAACUACAGCUCCAACCACUGCAACUACAGCUCCGAUCACAGCAACUACAGCUCCGAUCACAGCAACUACAGCUCUGACCACAGCAACUACAGCUCCAACCACAGCAACUACAGCUCCGACCACAGCAACUACAGCUCCAACCACUGCAACUACAGCUCCAACCACAGCAACUACAGCUCCAACCACAACAGCUCCAACCACUGCAACUACAGCUCCAACCACUGCAACUACAGCUCCGACCACAGCAAGUACAGCCCCAACCACAGCAAGUACAGCCCCAACCACAGCAACUACAGCUCCAACCACUGCAACUACAGCUCCAACCACAGCAACUACAGCUCCAACCACAGCAAGUACAGCCCCAACUACAGCAACUACAGCUCCGACCACAGCAACUACAGCUCCAACCACUGCAACUACAGCUCCAACCACAGCAACUACAGCUCCAACCACAGCAAGUACAGCCCCAACCACAGCAACUACAGCUCCGACCACAGCAACUACAGCUCCGACCACAGCAACUACAGCUCCGACCACUGCAACUACAGCUCCAACCACAGCAACUACAGCUCCAACCACAGCAACUACAGCCCCGACCACAGCAACUACAGCUCCGACCACAGCAAGUACAGCUCCAACCACAGCAACUACAGCUCCAACCACAGCAACUACAGCUCCAACAACAGCAACUACAGCUCCAACUACAGCAACUACAGCUCCAACAACAGCAACUACAGCUCCAACCACUGCAACUACAGCUCCGACCACAGCAACUACAGCUCCGAUCACAGCAACUACAGCUCCGACCACAGCAACUACAGCUCCAUCCACAGCAAGUACAGCCCCAACCACAGCAACUACAGCUCCGACCACAGCAACUACAGCUCCGACCACUGCAACUACAGCUCUAACCACAGCAACUACAGCUCCAACCACAGCAACUACAGCUCCAACAACAGCAACUACAGCUCCAACUACAGCAACUACAGCUCCAACAACAGCAACUACAGCUCCAACCACUGCAACUACAGCUCCAACCACAGCAACUACAGCUCCGACCACAGCAACUACAGCUCCGACCACAGCAACUACAGCUCCAACCACAGCAACUACAGCUCCGACCACAGCAACUACAGCUCCGAUCACAGCAACUACAGCUCCGACCACAGCAACUACAGCUCCAACCACAGCAACUACAGCUCCGAUCACAGCAACUACAGCUCCAACAACAGCAACUACAGCUCCAACUACAGCAACUACAGCUCCAACAACAGCAACUACAGCUCCAACCACUGCAACUACAGCUCCAACCACAGCAACCACAGCUCCGACCAAAGCAACUACAGCUCCGACCACAGCAACUACAGCUCCAACCACAGCAACUACAGCUCCAACCACAGCAACUACAGCUCCGAUCACAGCAACUACUCCAAUGACAACAACCACAACCCCAACACCAACAACCACUACUCCAACAACAACAACCACAACCCCAACAACAACAACCACUACUCCAACGACAACAACCACCACCCAAACAACAACAACCACUACUCCAAUGACAACAACCACAACACCAACAACAACUACCCCAACAACAACAACCACUACCCCAACCACAACAACCACAACCCCAACAACAACAACCACUACCCCAACGACAACGACCACCACCCCAACAACGACAACCACUACUCCAACAACCACUACCCCAACAACAACAACCACUACCCCAACAACAACUACCCCAACGACAACAACCACAACCCCAACAACAACAACCACUACUCCAACAACAACAACCACUACCCUAACGACAACAACCACGACCCCAACGACAACAACAAGUACCCCAACGACAACAACCACUACCCCAACGACAACAGCCACUACCCUAACGACAACAACCACUACUCCCACAACAACAACCACUACCCCAACAACAACAACCACUACUCCCACAACAACAACCACUACCCCAACGACAACAACCACUACUCCAACAACAACAACCACUACCCCAACAACAACAACAACAACCCCAACAACAACAACCACUACUCCAACGACAACAACCACUACCCCAACAACAUCUACCCCAACCACAACAACCACAACCCCAACAACAACAACCACUACCCCAACAACAACAACUACUACCCCAACGACAACAACCACGACCCCAACAACAACAACAAGUACCCCACCGACAACAACCACUACCCCAACGACAACAACCACUACUCCCACAACAACAACCACUACCCCAACGACAACAACCACUACCCCAAUGACAACAACCACUACUCCCACAACAACAACAACUACCCCAACAACAACAACCACUACCCCAACAACAACCACCACUACUCCUACGACAACAACUCCUACCCCAACGCCAACAACCACUACCCCAACAACAACUACUACCCCAACGACAGCAACCACUACUCAAACGACAACAACAAGUACUCCAACGACAACAACCACUACCCCAACGACAACAACCACUACCCCAACGACAAAAACCACUACUCCAACGACAACAACCUCUACCCCAACGACAACAACCACUACCCCAACAACAUCUACCCCAACGACAACAACCACAACCCCAACAACAACAACCACUACUCCUACAACAACAACUACUACCCCAACGACAACAACCAUGACCCCAACGACAACAACAAGUACCCCAACGACAACAACCACGACCCCAACAACAACCAUUACUCCAACGACAACAACCACUACUCUCACAACAACAACCUCUACCCCAACAACAACCACUACCCCAACGACAACAACCACCACCCCAACAACAACAACCACUACUCCAACUACCACUACCCAAACAACAACAACCACUGCCCCAACGACAACAACCACUACCCCAACCACAACAACCACUACCCCAACCACAACAACCACUUCCCCAACGACAACAACCACUACCCCAACAACAACAACCACUACCCCAACGACAACAACCACUACCCCAAUGACAACAACCACUGCCCCAACGACAACAACCACUACCCCAACGACAAUGACAACAACCACUGCCCCAACGACAACAACCACUACCCCAACGACAACAACCACUACCCCAACAACAACAACCACUACCCCAACAACAACAACCACUACUCCAACGACAACAACCACUACCCCAACGACAACAACCACGACCCCAACAACAACUACUACCCCAACGACAACAACCACUACUCCAACGACAACAACAAGUACCCCAACGACAACAACCACUACCCCAACGACAACAACCACUACCCCAACGACAACAACCACUACUCCCACAACAACAACCAAUACCCCAACAACAACAACCACUACUCCAACGACAACAACCACUACCCCGACGACACCAAGCACUACUCCCACAACAACAACCACUACCCCAACGACAACAACCACUACCCCAACGACAACAACCACAACCUCAACAACAACAACCACUACUCCAACAACAACAACCACUACCCCAACCACAACAACCACUACCCUAACAACAACUACCCCAAUGACAACAACCACAACCCCAACAACAACAACCACUACCCCAACCACAACAACCACUACCCCAACGACAACAACCACUACUCCCACAACAACAACCACUACCCCAACAACAACAACCACUACCCCAACGACAACAACCACUACCCCAACGACAACAACCACUACUCCCACAACAACAACCACUACCCCAACGACAACAACCACUACUCCAACGACAACAACCACUACCCCAACAACAACAACCACUACUCCAACGACAACAACCACUACCCCGACGAUACCAAGCACUACUCCUACAACAACAACCACUACCCCAACGACAACAACCACUACCCCAACGACAACAACCACAACCCCAACAACAACAACCACUACUCCAACAACAACAACCACUACCCCAACCACAACAACCACUUCCCUAACAACAACUACCCCAAUGACAACAACCACAACCCCAACAACAACAACCACUACCCCAACCACAACAACCACUACCCCAACGACAACAACCACUACUCCCACAACAACAACCACUACCCCAACAACAACAACCACUACCCCAACGACAACAACCACUACUCCCACGACAACAACCACUACCCCAACGACAACAACCACAACCCCAACAACAACAACCACUACUCCAACGACAACAACCACUACCCCAACGACAACAACCACUACCCUAACAACAACUACCCCAAUGACAACAACCACAACCCCAACAACAACAACCACUACCCCAACCACAACAACCACUACCCCAACGACAACAACCACUACUCCCACAACAACCACUACCCCAACAACAACAGCCACUACCCCAACCACGACAACUACUCCUGCCCCAACCACGACAACUACUCCAACCCCAACCACGACAACUACUCCAACCCCGACAACUUCUCCAACUCCAGCCACAACAACUACUCCAGCCCCAACCACGACAACUACUCCAGCCCCAACCACGACAACUACUCCAACCCCAACCACGACAACUACUCCAACCCCGACAACUACUUCAACCCCAACCCCGACAACUCCAGCCCCAGGUAACUGA